AUGAUUUUCACAAAGCCGGCUGCCGAUCCAAAUACAUUCCCGAAGAUGAAUAAGCUCAAUAUUACCGGACCAAGAAUAGAGCGCUGGAUGAUCGAAAUCGCCAAGGAGCAGCAAAAGAUGGAGAUGAAGAAAACUACGGAUCGUGAGGUAAUCAUUCCAAAGGUCUGGAAUAAUCGCGCAAAGAUGGGUUUAUAUUACAAAUUGCGGCGUGAGGUGGAUAUUUUCAAUAUAAUCUCCGAUGAGAUGCGGCAGAAAAUUCAAACGUUUUACGUUGAAGAAGAGGAGGAGGAUGAUCAGGAUCAGAAGCAAAAGCAGGAGAAGCAGGAGGAGAUUUCGAUGCCAGAAAAUGAAGAGAAGCAGAGGGAUCAGCCUCGCAAGACUGCAGGGAAAACGACCCCUACCCUUUCACGGGUACGUUUGUUUCUGGGCUCGCUCAUUGUUAAGGACAUCACCAAGCAGAUCCGCGGCCUGAUCACCAAAUGCGAGGACUUUAUCGAAGAAGAGGAGCGGACCACAAUGCCGCCGAUGAGCCUGAUGCCGUCGCACCUCAAGUGGGAGCCCCCCAACUGCGUCUCCACCCUGAUCCCCUCCAGGCAGGCGCCCAAGCUGAAGAAGAAGGAUGUGCUCAGGGUGAUCCAGGGUCGUCCCCGAUACAACUGAAAUUGAGAUAACAGCAAUUAUAAUUACUAUUUUACUUUUAUUCGUUUGUGAAACAAUUAAAUUUUUAGUUCAAUUUA